AUGACAUUUGAAGAAUUCACUCAGAAGGUCUUAGAAAAAUUCGACAUUUCCCUUCAUGUGAGGAGGAUGCACUACACCCUCAAGUUUAACCCUAGAGUCAUCCAAGAUUUAGAAGAUGAGGAUGACUUGGAUAACGUGGUUUCCCACAAUGAUGACUUUGCAAAUGUGUACAUAGUCGAGUCACCCGGUGUGGAAGCCAUAGAGGCAAAUAUACCGAAUACACAGUUGGCACUUGGAGGUCCACAUCCUACGUUUCCUUCGUCUAAUGCAUCAUGCGAUGCAAAUCCUAAUACUAUGAUGUUAUCAAGAGGUUUUGCAUCGCGUUGUGCAUAUAGUGAGUACACCCCUUUGGAAUCGAAUCGGUUUCGUGAGGCAAUAUUAGGUUCCGGACAUACAUUUAAGAAUGUAGAUGAGUUUCGGAAUGCAAUAUACCAAAUGUCAUUAGCUGGAAGGUUUCAAUACAAGUACAAGAAAAAUUCACCCACUCAUAUGUCAGUAAAGUGUUCGGUUGAGGAUUGUCCUUGGAAGAUAACAGCUCAUGCUGUUGAAGGAAAUGAAAUAUUGCGAGUUUAUACUUACCAAGUUAAUCAUAAUCAUAUAGCUCAAGAUGAGUGUUCAUCUAAGGUACGGGUUUCUUCCAAGAGAGGUGUUGUUGUUGUUGAAGACGUGUUUAGAACAACUCCAGAAUACCUUCCUCGACAAAUUUGCAAGGAUUUUGAAAGUGAUCAUGGAGUUCAAUUGACUUAUAACCAAGCAUGGCAUCUUAAAGAGAAGGCAAAAGAGCGUGUAUAUGGAUCUCCACGUGCGUCCUACGCGUAUUUGCCUUGGUUAUGCCAUAGACUAAGGGAAAUUAACCCUGGAACUAUUGCCGAGUACACUUCUCAUGAAGGUCACUUCAAGCAAUUGUUCAUUGCCCACGCAUUUUCAAUUCAAGGGUUCACCAUGGGGUGUCGACCGGUAUUGGCUAUUGAUUCUUGCCACCUAAGUGGUCCAUACAAAGGAGCUCUUUUGUCUGCCAUUGCAUAUGAUGCAGAUGAUGGAAUGUUCCCUCUAGCCUUGGGUGUGGUUGGUUCAGAAAAUUAUGAGGAUUGUGUUUCGGAGUUGUUUGGGGUAGAAAAUCACGCCUAUUGUUAUCGACAUGUGAAAGAGAACUUUUCAAGCUUCUUCAACAGGCAAAACAUUAGGGGAAAGAAAGGGAAAGAAGAUGCUUUGUUGCUUUUAGACAACAUUGCAUAUGCUCGGUUGGAUAUAGACUACAAUGAGGCGUUUGAAAAACUUGUGCGUUUUAAUGGCGACCUAGCAAGGUGGGUUGCGGAGAAUAGUCCGGAGCAUUGGGCGAUGUCAAAGUUCCUUAAAAAACGUUGGGAUAAAAUGACAACUAAUAUUGCAGAGUCCUUCAAUGCGUGGUUAAGAGAGGAACGCCACCAAACAAUUUAUACGUUGCUGAUGAUGCACAUGGAUAAGCUUGUAGCCAUGCUGGACACCCAUAUGCGUGGUACAGAUAAGUGGAAGAGUGUGGUUGGACCCAAAACAGAGGAAAACCUAAUGUCAAAUAUCACGAGAUCUGCUCCGAUUACUGUGAUGCCUUAUUUGGGUGGGACGUUCAAGGUUUUUACUGGAGAAGUUUAUUUGGUUGUGGAUAUGCAGCAACAUAAGUGUACAUGUCUAACAUGGCAAAUGUCCGGGUUGCCAUGUCCACAUGUAUGUGCUGUGAUCCGUACAUUGAGACACGAUGUGUAUGACUAUAUCGACCCAUGUUUUAAAGUCUCCACCCAACAGUUGAUUUACUCGGGUCAGUUCAACCAUUACCAACACACAACAUGCCUAAAGUUUGUGAGGCUGGGACUUUGCAAGAUGGGCAAGGCAACGUAUUUCCUAGUCUCCAACCCCCGCAAGUGA